AUGGAGUUUGCAGUUGAGGAUCAUGUAUUCCUCAGAGUGACUACUACUACUGGUGUAGGAAGAGUCAUUUGUGCUAGGAGGCUCAAGAAGUAUGUGCCUAAUCCUUCUCACGUGCUGGAAGUGGAAGAUGUGCAAGUCAGAGAAGAUCUUUCAGUAGAGGUACAGCCUGUCAGGAUUAUGGAGAGUCAGACCGAACAACUUAAAGGAAAAACCAUCAGUUUAGUCAAAGUUGUCUGGGAUAGUAGGAAAGGUGACUCUACAUGGGAGCUAGAGGGAGUCAUGAGAGAGUAUUAUCCUCACCUGUUCUCUGGAAGCGGUGAAUUGCGUAGUGAGAAUAUUGUAUAA